AUGGGGGACUAUCAGGUAGCGCAGGAAAUGCCUCUCGAGCAGUCUAUUGCCAUCAUUGGCAUCGCAUGUCGCCUUCCUGGGGACUGUAAUUCCCCUCAUUCCCUGUGGGAAAUGUUAAGGAAGGCUAGACGGGCUAGCAAUACUGUUCCUUCCUCUCGGUUCAGAAAUGACACUUCUCACGAUCCAUCAGACGAACCGGGUCGUUCACAAUCUAUCAGCGGCUGCUUUCUCGAGAAUGUGAACUUGGUUGAGUUUGACGGGGAAUUCUUCGGCAUCUCCGCAGAAGAGGCCAUGUGUAUGGAACCCCAACAACAGCUGCUUCUUGAAGUGGUGUAUGAAUGUCUGGAGAACGCUGGACUUUCCCUGGCCGCCAUUAAUGGGCAUCGAAUGGGUUGCUUCGUCGGCUGCUCCGAAAGUGUCAAUCUAAAGAUCAUGCGGAAAGGCAAGCACAGAACCCAGAAGAUUGUCCUCCAUUCCAAGCAACGGGUGUCGGUCGUGCGAGUCACGACCAUCGACGCCGCAUGCUCCGGCAGUCUAGCCGCGGUAGAGCUUGCCUGUCGGUAUUUAGUAUCCAAUGACAUUAGUGCAGCCAUCGUGGCCGGGGCAAAUAUCAUUCUCAACCCCGAACGCCUCAUGGAUUGCGGGCAAUUAGCCCAAGAUUAUUCGCCCACUGGGCAAUUUCUCUCCCGCGGUGCACAGGCAACCAGGUACGACAAAGGGGAGGGUGUCAGUUGCGUGAUUCUGAAACGGUUGGACGACGCACUGCGAGAAGGUGAUCCAAUCCGUGCCAUCAUCCGGGGCUGGGCUUCGAACAAUGACGGACGAAGAUCUCCACCAAUGUGCCCACGUCCGGAUUCUCAGGCUGCCUGUAUCCGUGCCGCAUAUGCGAUGGCAAAACUCACUGAUUUUGAGACGACCGCUUAUAUCGAGUGUCACGGAAUGGGCACAGCGGUUGGAGAAUCGUUUGAAUUAAAGGGGAUCUCCGCGGUAUUUGGCCAAACACGGAGCACGAACAAUCCGCUCAUCGUGGGCUCGAUAAAAAGUAGCAUUGGCGAUUCCGAAGCAGCGUCCGGGCUAUCGGGUCUGAUCAAAAUUACGUUAUCCAUCGAGGAAGGCCUUAUUCCAGGCACACCAAGCUGCCCCACCCUGAGCUCUAAAGUUAAUUAUCAAGAACUGAACCUGCGCUCCGUCAAGAGCACAAUUCCCUGGCCGAGAGCAUCGAUCAAGCGAGCAGGUAUUAAUUCCUUUGGCUAUGGUGGAACCAAUUGCCACAUCAUCGUUGAGGAAGCCCAGCAGUUGUUAGAUAGACGAGGGACCAUUCCCCAUCGACGAUCGUUUCUAUCCACCUCGAGGAUGAUGUGGAUGGAUGAAGAUGAAGAGGAGGGCCAUGCCGCCUCUCAGUCCAGCUCAUGCACCUCUCAUGUUCUGCUUAUCUCUGCCCAUAAGCCUUUAUCACUACAGUACAACAAAAAAGAGAUACUAAGGCAUCUGGCCAGCCUGAAUGUCCGAGUUGACUUGGGGGACUUAGCUUAUACUCUCUCUGAUCGACGGAGCCAUCAUUUCCAUCGAGCCUAUUCAGUGGUAACUAGUUCCACUCUCCACCAGGCACGAUUUGUGGAUGGGAUGACCUUGGCCCGGGAACCUAGGAUUGGCUUCAUUUUCACGGGACAGGGAAGCCAAUGGUCCCAAAUGGGGACUGCACUCAUCAAAACAUUCCCGGAAGCUGCGAGACGCAUCAAGCACCUGGAUAACGUGUUGCAAAGUCUGCCGAACUGUCCGACCUGGUCCCUUCUCGACGAACUGACCAAGACAAGGGACCCAGAAAUUCUUCGCCGGCCAGAAUUUUCGGAGCCCUUGAGCACGGCCCUCCAGCUCGCUAUCCUGGCUGUGAUGGAAAACCACAGAGUUCGCCCUCACUGCGUUGUGGGACACUCUUCUGGCGAGAUCGCAGCUGCCUAUGUGGCUGGAUAUUUGACCUUAGAUGAUGCAAUCAAGAUUGCUUUCUUCCGCGGCCAAGCCGCGCAGGGAGCCUGCGAUAGCUUCAAGGAGAAGAUGGGUAUGAUGGCCGUGGAGCUGGAUCAGCAAACCAUUUCCAAAUACUUCAUAGGAUUGGAGGACAAGGUCCAUAUCGCUUGUCAUAAUAGUCCCAGCAAUGUUACUCUUGCUGGCAUCCUCUCCGCCUUGGAGGAGGUGCAGGCAUGUUUACAGCAGGGCAAGCAUGCAAGCCGUAUGCUACAAGUUGAUAUCCCUUAUCAUUCCAAGUUUAUCACGGCCACUGCAGAGGCAUUUGAGCAGUUCUUCCUUCAAGAGUCGCCUUUGGUGAGAGAUUUGGGCUGCAGCGGAGAUGUCACAAUGCUGUCGACCGUCACUGGCAGGAGAUUGGAGGGCCCGGCUUGCAAAGGCACAUAUUGGAGAGCCAACAUGGAGUCACCAGUUUUAUUCCGUCACGCAAUGGAAGAGAUACUCCUUCAUGAUCAACGCCCCGAUGUCCUUGUUGAGAUUGGACCAAGUGACACAUUGAGAGGUCCAGUCACGCAACUAAAGCACAGUCUCGGCCAGGAAGAUGGGCCCCUGAAGGAGGCUGACAUACAGUAUCUAUCGGCUCUUCGUAGGGGCGACAUGUCGGCUCGCAACAUGUUACACCUAUUGGGCAGCCUUUAUCUGUCCGGAUAUCCCAUUCAGAUGCAAGGGGCCUAUCCCCGACUCAGCGAAGAGGCUCCUUCGGUCAUUGUGGAUCUCCCUAAUUACUGCUGGAGUCACACGGCCAAACACUCGUACGAGUGUGUGGCGAGUAAGGACUGGCAGGUUCGCAAGAGUAAACCCGGCCUUGGCGCAUCUGAAAAUGGGGUCAUAGCAAGCAACAUCGCCAAACUCACUCAAAGCAUGCAGAAUAAUCUGAAGAAAACAUGCGUGCCCGGUGAAUACAGUGAUCUUCUCAGUGAGCAGCUGAGCAACAUGUUGCGGUUGACGAGGCCAAUCGACCCAGAAAGGUUGCUCUCCAGCUAUGGAUUGGAUUCUCUGUCCAAAAUCCAACUACGCCUUUGGCUGAAUACGCAGCUGUCAGUGGAUGUAUCCACUUUUGACAUUAUCAAUGCCCCUACGUUGGCCUCUUUGCGUGAGAUGGUUGCUGAAAAGUUGAGGGGAGUUUGA